AUGAUGAGUAUGAGGCACAAUCUUCAGCAACACGCAAGGCGUGUCCUCGCUCACAGUAACAGGAAUCGACUCUUCUCCUCCUACACAAACAGAACACUAUGGUCGUCGAACCAGAUUCUGCAGAGCCGGAUCGAGUCGGCUUUAUCAGACCAGAAAUCAAAACUCAGCACGGUGCUCGAGCAAUGGCGGCAACAGCACGGGAACCAACUGAAUCCUUCGCUGGUGAGAGGUAUCGUCGAGAAGCUCCAAGAAUCCAAGCGGUUUCCCGAAGCUUUAGACGUAUCAGAGUGGAUGAUUGAGCGAAAGAUCUGCAACCUCGUCCCCGAAGACUUCGCAGCUAGGUUUCAUCUGAUUGAGAACGUUUUAGGUUUGGGAGAAGCUGAGAAGUUCUUCGAGAGCGUCCCGGAGAAUCUGAGAGGCGAAUCUCUCUACACGGCUCUGUUAAACAGCUACGCGAGAUCGGCGAAACCAGCAGCUCUUGAUAGAGCCGAGUCUACUUUCGAGAAGAUGAGAGAGCUAGGUUUGCUGCUGAAACCAUCGCCGUACCACUCGAUGACGUCGCUCUACAGAUCUCUCGGGAAAAGAGAUAAGUUUGAUGAGAUUCUCCGAGAGAUGAAGGAGAACAACGUCCGGUUCGAUAGUCUCACAGUGAACAACGCAUUGCGAGCUUACGCUGCUGCGUCUGACGUUGCCGUGAUGGACAAGUUUCUCGAUGAUUGGGGAGCGACCGCAACGCUUCAGCUGCAGACUACGCUCGACAUGGCAAAGGCUUAUCUGAGAAGUGGUUCAAAGGGAAAAUCGAGAGAGAUGCUUGGUAGAGCCGAGCAAUUUAAGGAUCGUAAGUCCUAUGAGGAGCUCUUGAGGCUAUAUGGGCUAUAUGGUGAAGAAGGAUAUACAAGAGACGUUUACCGUAUUUGGGAUCUGUACAAGGAGACAAGAAGGCCUGACAAUGAAGGAUACCUAAUUUUGAUUACUUCUCUCUUGAAGCUUGGUGCUGUCAACGGAGCAGAGAAGAGCUUCAAAGAGUGGGAACGUUCGGGUCUUGAGUACGAUCCUCGAAUCCCUCAAGCGUUGGCGUCUGGUUAUCGUAAAAGGGGAAUGGUUUGCAAGGCAGAUAAAAUGAUUCACAAGAUGGUGAUCAGCUCAAGAAUGUGUAAACCAAUCACUCCGGUGCUUCAAGAAUUAGGGCUAAAAGGGAGUACCAAAGUGAAGCCGUCGGAGUUGAGAGACCUCAUCAAGAGUCUCACUGAUUCAAACCAGUUCUCAAAAGCACUCGAGGCAUCAACAUGGAUGUGUGAGAAAGAGAUGUUCACUCUUUUUCCUGAAGACUAUGCAGCUAGGCUUCAUCUGAUUGAGAAGGUGUUGGGUUUGAAAGAAGCAAAAGAGUUUUUCCAAGUAUCCAUCCCGAAGAAUAUGAAGGGUAACUCUGUCUACGACACAAUGUUGACCUCGUACACGAGAUCUCACGAAACCCUACUUAACGCGGAGAACGUAAUGGUGCUGAUGGAGGAGCUCGGUUUCCUCUCCAAGCUCUCCCCAUUCAGCAAGAUGAUCUCUCUCUACAGUAAGUUAGGGAAACGGAUCGAGGUCGAGAAACUUUUGAAGAAGAUGAAUGAGAAGAACAUAGAGCUGGAUAGUGUCACGAUGAACAACGUUUUGAGGGUAUACUCACAUGUGUCGGCUUUGGAGUUGAUGGAAACGUAUAAGAGCCAUUGGGUUGAUAAUGAUGAGGUUAAACUCAGUCUUGAAGUAGAGACGAUGGACUCCAUGGCAAAGGCUUAUGAGAGAGAGGGGCUAACAUUGAAGGCGAUGGAGAUGAGUAGGAGUAAAGAGGACGUUCUUCGUCUGUGGGAUGAGUACAAGGUGGCAAGGAGAGGUUUAGAUUGGAACGAAGGAUAUCGAGGUGUGAUUAGAGCGUUGUUGAAGCUUGGAGACGUGAAAGGAGCACAAGAGAUUUAUGGAGAGUGGGAAGCUUCGGAAGGAACAAAGUUCGAUGCUCGGAUUCCUGGUUUGCUCAUCUCUCGUUACUGCGAGGAUGAUGAUCAGGUGAAGUUGAGUGACGUGGUGAAUUCGAGUAGACAGAAGCUGAAGUGGAGGCGGGUGAAGAUGUUCACGGAAGAUUUAGGGUUUGCGUGUCUAGGGGUUGUUGGUGCUUCGCCCAUGAUAUGGGGGUUGUAUCUGAUUUUGAAAUGGGGGAUGUCAGUGAAUCCUUGCCUUACCGCUUUCGGCUGUAUUGGUUUGAUCGUUGCCAUAUCGUAA